UUAUUUUUAGGUUGGUUUUUAUGAACGUCUAUCCUCCAGACUGUAUCAAGCCGGCAGAUUGCAAAUGGCGGCAAUGAAAAUCUAUAAAUAAAUAUCGUGUUUUCAAUCCUUAGAAAGUUUUUAUUUAAGCAAAAAUUGUGUUUGGAUCCGUUUUUAUACAAUUUAAUACGUUUUACACAAAAAUCGGUUUGGGACAGUAGAAAACAAUUGUAUUUUUUAGACCAAGUUCUUUUCAUAAAUGCCACACUAAAGACUAUCCAGAAAGAUAUUCAAAUAUGGUUACCACGCCCCCACAACAGUUCUGCGUUCGAUGGAACAGUUAUCAAUCAAAUCUACAGAAUGCGUUUCCGAAGCUGCUCACAUCAGAACAUUUUGUAGACGUAACGCUAGCAUGCGAGAACGAAAUGCUGAAAUGUCACAAAGUCGUACUCUCGGCCUGUUCGACGUACUUCGAAAAACUGCUAUUGAAUAAUCCUUGUCAACACCCAAUCAUUUUUAUGAAGGAUAUGAAAUUUUCCGAAAUGCAGUCACUGGUAGAUUUUAUGUACAAAGGUGAAGUAAAUGUGACUCAGGACGACUUGCCUUCAUUACUGAAAUCAGCAGAAGCUUUACAAAUCAGGGGUCUCUGUGGAUCAGAUCAGCUCCUCAAUCCAACUUACUUUAGCAAUAUAACAAAAGCUGCAACUUCACAGUAUCCGGGUAAUCCACCUACGCCCACAACAACACAAGUAGGAUCCCCUGACGAUCCAUUGGAAUUAUCCAAAUUACAACCAUCCCAGGUUCCGAUGAACAAAAACUGUGAUCUUCUUUCGGUGAAGAAAGAGCCCAAUCAGUUGAUAGAAGGUUCUGAUAGUGGAAACAAUCAUUCUUCAUCUGAAUGUGAUUCAAAUGACGGCAUGUUACAAAUAAAAGAGGACGGAGAAGAUGACGGAGAAUCAUUUUUCGAAGGUGAGACUGAACUUAUGGAUCAGGAAUUGACAGAAGAAGAAGGAACUAUAAAUACAGAUAUCAAACCUCAGUUUUCAGCCAUUGCCAAUGUUUCUUGCCAAUACGAUUCGUCACCAGGUUCAGCUAACAGAAGGAUCCGCAGAUCAGACGAAGAGCUACGGAGGGCGGCAGAAUGUAUCACGCGUGGACAGACUUUCCAAACUGUAAGCGACCAAUUUAACAUACCUAUUUCCACAAUUCGAUUCUACAUGGCUCGAAAAGGCAUCUUACCAAGGCGUAAAAGGGGGCGUGCGUGUGCGGGUCCUAUGGGCAUGGGUAUGGGAAUGAGUGGAAUGCCUAUUUCUACUUCAUAUACGUCUCCCUCAAGUCCCAUAGGCCCACCUUACCAUAUCGUCCACUAUAAGUUACCAGCCUUAGGUGUAUCAAAGUUAAAAUAAGUGUAGAUCGUUCUACACCCAGUUAUCUUAAUUUUUUCGAUUCUAUUUUUUUCUUGUAUUAUUUUUAAACACGGUUACUAGAUUCGAGAGUAUUUUUACCAUUGAUUGUAUAAACUUGCAGAAUUUUAUUUUCUGCAAAACUCGAAAGAUGCUCGAAAGAUUAAAUACCAGUAACUUUU